CUUAUUUAUUUAUUUACUGUGUGUCUGUGGAGUAUGUUUAGUUUUUUAACUUACGAUUUUAGGAGAUUCUGGAUACCCAUUGUUGCCAUACCUCAUGACACCAAAAUUAAAUCAGCCACCAGGGUCUCCAAGUGCUGCGUAUACAGACAGUCAUGUAAGAGCACGAUGCUCCGUGGAAAGAACCAUAGGAAUAUUAAAAGGCAGAUGGAGAUGUUUGCGCAAAGAAAGGGCAUUACAUUAUUUACCAGAAUUUGCUGCACUUAUAGUAAAUGCAACAUGUGUGUUGCAUAACAUUGCUAAACAAUACAAUAUUGCGGAUGAUGAAAUAUAUAGAGAAGAGGAUAUUAAUGAAGAUAUUGGGGCAGAAGAUAAUGCACUUGCAAAUAUGCGCGCAAGAGGACAUGCAACACGCGAAGCAAUUAUUGAAAGAUAUUUUACAUAAAGAUAUGAAAUAAUUCUUUUUGAAAAAAGAAGCUAAACGAAGAAAUAUUGUAUAUACGCACGUAUUGUACGCACCUAUAUUUAAGUCUUGAAUAAGAAAUUUUGCAAUUUUUAACAUCGAAAGCAAUUAUCUAAAUAGACGCAUAACCGUUGUACAGUUUUUGGGAAUUAUUUUUUGUAAUACGAAACAAAGAAUAUAUACACUUUUUCAAAAUGCUGUAUGAAUGAAUAUAUAUUUUAUUAACAACACAAAUAAACUUUUCACGAAUAUUUAUAUUGCACAGAACACUAAACUCUAUAUACACGAAUGAGUGAUCUAUAUUGUUCUGGCUGUCGCUGAGAAAGAGGUGCGUUUGGGUGUACUUUUCUCUCUUUCUAGUACUACCUGAUUGAUCAAUCGUAGAAAUAUGACGCAGUGAGUUUAUGUCAUGCGUCUUUAUCUAUUUAUGCAAUUGAUCAAUCAGGUAGUAUUACAGAGGAAGAGGUACAUACACCCAAACGCAGCUAGAACAAUAGAUCUUUCCAGCAUGUAUAGAGUUCAGUGCCACAGAAUAUCACGUUUAAAAUA